AUGAAAGCUACUAGGAUUUCAGGGUCUUUGAUGAAGCUUAUGGGCCAAAGCUGCAUUCAAUCUUCUUCUUUACAUGCUUGUGGUCAUGUAUUUGGAGCCUUGUGGUACUUUUUUGCCAAGAGAGAUGACUUCGGCAUUGUGGAGGUGACAGAUUUUCCACAGAAGGUUUUACAUUGCUUCCAAUGGGCCUGCAAAACUCCAGGUUUGUUCUAUGUUUCUCAUUUAAAGUCUGCACAGCUGUUUUGGCAAAAUCUCACAACAAGUACCUUCAUCUGGGAAAACUUCUUUGCAGUUUGGAUUACCAUUUCUGGUUUGGUGUUGUUCCUCUUUCUCAUCGGAAAUAUGCAGACAUAUCUGCAGUCCAAGACUAUAAGAUCAGUGGAGAUGAGACUGAAGAGGAGAGAGAUAGAGCAAUGGAUGUCCUUCGGCAAGCUCUCUGAGAAUCUGCAACAACAGGUUAAGAAACACCAGAGAUACAUUUGGCGAGAAACCAAUGGUGUUGAUGUAGACAAUUUGCUCAAUAAUCUUCCCAAUGACCUUAGAAUGAACAUAAAACGUGAACUCUGCUCAGAACUGCUAAAAAAAGUAGAAGAAUUUAAAAAGUUGAAUGAAACAAUACUGGAUGCGCUGUGUGAUUGUGUAAAGCCAGCUUUCUACAUUGAGCGCACUCACAUAAUCUGUGAGGGAGACCCAAUAGAUGAGAUGCUCUUCAUAGUGCACGGCAAACUAUGGACCUACACCUCCAAGGCUAAAACAACUUCCUCUGCCUCUGCCUCUGCUUCGGUGAGCACGGAACAUCACAAAGAGAAUAAAAAUUGUAAAACUAAAGAUCAUCUGAAAGAUGGCGACUUCUGUGGAGAAGAACUUAUAGCAUGGGCUCUGGAUGAACCCUCAUCAUCCAAUCUCCCUAUGUCAACAAGAACUAUUCAAGCCCUUACUAAAGUUGAAGCCUUUGCUCUCUUGGCAAAUGACUUGAAAAAUGUAUUUAUUAAGUACCAGCUUUCUAACUAUUCUGGAUUGAGCUUGAAAAAUGUCAUUGAUGCAGCUCUUGUCAUACAAAAUGCCUGGCGUAACUAUCUUAAUAAAAGGAACUGGCAAAGGUCAGCUGGAGAAAUAGAGCCUGAAUUGCAAGAUAUAUUCAAACAUGGUGCUUCAGCACUGGUUAAUGUUAUCCAGGGUGUUAGAUCAUCCGAGAGAGCACUACCAGCACCAUCAUCAACACCGAUCAGCAGAGCCUGAGAUCAACAUUGAGGAGCCAUAAAUCAGAUCAUGCUUUCAGGUAUUACUCUGACCAUUGGAGGACUUGGGCAGCAUGUCGUAUACAAGCAGCUUGGCGCUGCUAUACUGAAAAGAUGCGUGAAAAAUCUGUGACCACAGAAAGGAAUAGACAAGA